ACGGUACUACUGCAUUGGGAAGGGGGGCACAUUCCUCUUAUAAUUUGAAAUUAAUUUAUGAAUAUACAAUGUAGCUGAUGCCAAAACUAUGUGCAACACUAGUUUCUCAGCAGUAACGUUCAAGAAUGUCACCAUAAUUAUUUGACUUCUUCCGGAUGAACUGAUCCAACCUUACGUCCGCACGUCAUGGUUCGCCUGUAAACAUGGCAGACCGAGAAAACACUGCCAUGGAAGUGGACAAGAGAAAGAAUAAGCCUUUCGUUGAACAAGUUAAGGCGCUGCUUGACGACGUUACCCACAGAACAGACAAGCGGAAGAGUCCAGAGCCUAAAAACAAGUCCGUCGAAAGCUGCUCGACUGUGGAGUACUGUGAGAAGCUACAGGCAUGGAUGUGGCAGUACUACACUGGAUAUGUGAACUGGCAAAGCUGGCUGCUAGCUUCAACUAUGACCGUCCCACCCUGUUUACAGCCACCCAGCGGGACGUCCACCGCUCUUGUUUUUGAUCCUCAGAACUGGCAAAAUGCUUCCUUUGGCCUCCCGUUGUUGCCUUCUCCACCUACGGUCCAUUCCCCGAGCAGCCGAGCGGGGCAAGCGGCUGUCGGGGCCCCAGCGGCCGCUCAGCAGCAGCAGCAGCAGCGGGAUCAUGGAAAUCCACAGAGACAGGGUCGAGAGUACAGCAUUCCUUCACCUCUCCAAAGACUUAUGGCAGAGAUGGUGGAUUUCUUCAUAUUGUUUUUCAUCAAAGCAACCAUAAUCAUCAGUAUCAUGCACCUAAGUGGAAUUAAAGACGUUUCCAAGUUUGCCAUGCAUUUCAUUGUGGAGGAAAUCGAUGAAGACACAUCGAUGGAGGAGUUGCAGAAAAUGAUGCUCGUUGCCCUCGUGUAUCGGAUAUUAGUUUGUUUUUAUGAGAUUGUAUGCAUUUGGGGAGCUGGCGGAGCCACUCCAGGGAAAUUUCUCAUCGGUCUCAGAGUUGUUACGUGCGAUUCGUCGGUUCUGGUUCAGCCCAAUAGGGUGCUUGUAGUGCCGGCAACAAAUGUUUCCCUGUCCGCGUCAACGGUCCGAGCCCUGAACAAGAACUUUUCCAUUGCCUUCUUUUUCCCAGCAUUCAUCACGCUCCUCUUCUUUCAGCACAACAGGACUGUCUAUGACAUGGUUGCUGGUACGAUAGUUGUCAAGCGCUCCAGAAUCAGAUGACACUGAAGCUGACAGAAAAAUUAUAUAUAUGUGUGUAUGGAGAGAGAGAGAGUGCAGGAGUAAAAUAACUCUGAAGAGGAACAAGAUGACAUCUUUAAGAAAAAACCUGUGACACUGCUGUGAAGAGAAGAGGUUUUGGACCGGUGCUGAGUCUGAAACACUUCAGUAUGAACUUUUUAGGUUCACUGUUUGGUGCAUUUCUGCACUCAGUGUCUGUUUGCUGCUUUAUACACAGGAGGGAUGAAGCUAAAUGCAUUAUUUUCUUAACACAAGCUUGCCUUGUUUGUAAUUGUCCCCCUAUUAAGGGUGAAUGCCAAGUAUGGAUCAGUGUUUGAAUUGUGAAUUAUGCAUUUAUGUCAUUGUACUCCUCAGUAUCUCUCUGCAUCACAGCUCCUUUUCCAAAAGCCAGAAGUGAGACUUCUUAAAAUGUAAAAUAUAUAU